AAGCUGGUUUAAAACACGUAGAGCUCAAUUUAGUAGGUAUAAAAGACCAAGAACUAGCCGCUUUGGCAUCAGUUGUUAAUUUAUCACACAAGUUUUAAACAUUAAGGUAAGCUUAAGGAAUAUCAAAAAGCAAAAAACAAACAAUCAGCGAAAAUAUGGAUUUCUACUACACUGCCGGUUCUUCUCCCUGUCGGUCGGUCAUAAUGACGGCAAAAGCACUUGGUCUUAGCCUGAAUAAGAAGAAUAUGAAUCUCAUGGCCGGCGAACACUUGAAGCCCGAAUACCUCAAGCUUAAUCCACAACAUACCAUUCCAACUUUAGUGGAUAAUGGUUUUGCUCUCUGGGAAUCGCGCGCAAUCAUUGUCUAUUUGGCAGAGAAAUACGGCAAAGACAACUCACUGCUUCCCAAAUGUCCCAAAAAGAGGGCAGUAAUCAAUCAACGUUUAUACUUCGAUAUGGGUACGCUCUAUGAGAGCUUUGCCAACUACUAUUACCCGCAACUAUUCGCCGGUGCGCCUGCUGAUCCACAGUUGUAUAAGAAAAUCGAAACCGCCUUCGAACUGUUGGAUACCUUCCUGGAAGGGCACAGCUAUGUCGCUGGCGACUCACUCAGUUUAGCCGACAUCGCAAUUGCUGCCACCGUGUCCACAUUUGAUGUGGCCGGUUUUGAUUUUAGCAAAUAUGCUAAUGUUGCUAAAUGGUAUGCCAAUGCCAAGAAGGUGGUGCCCGGUUUCGACGAGAACUGGGCGGGCUGUUUGGAGUUCAAGGCGAAAUUCUUUCAUUAGGUUAAAAUCUAGUUUAUAGCUUUAAAGCUGUGCGCUAAUUGUCAUGUACAAAAAUGUAGUUAUUUGAGUGAAACACUGGUAUUAUAUUUUAUAUGUAUUAUUUUUUUGGUAAAAUUCUUAUUUAUUGCACGUCUCACUGCUCUAUCAAAUACUCUUGCAACAGGUACUUUGCUACUAAAUAAAAUACAUUUAAAAACUAA